GGGGCUUAUAAACGUGGGGGGGGAGAUGCCUCCCCCAAAACUAGCGGAGUUUGAGUACUCAGAAAAUUGAAACCAGGGAAAAUGGGAAGCGACGGUGGCGUAGCCAUGAGGAAGCCCAGAUUUCUAUGCCUCCAUGGCUUUCGAACCAGCGCUGAUAUUCUCCAGAAACAGGUCGGAAAGUGGCCGGAGUCGGUGCUCGGACAAAUCGACCUCGUCUUCGCCGAUGCCCCUUUUCCCUCUCAUGGCAAAUCUGAUGUUGAAGGAAUCUUCGACCCUCCUUAUUACGAGUGGUUCCAAUUCAAUAAGGAGUUUACGGAGUACACGAACUUCGAUGAGUGUCUUGCAUACAUUGAAGAUUAUAUGAUAAAGCACGGUCCGUUUGACGGGCUCUUGGGUUUCUCGCAGGGGGCAAUAUUAUCAGCUGCUCUACCAGGGCUACAAGCUAAGGGUUUGGCCCUCACAAAGGUUCCUAAAAUAAAAUUUCUUAUAAUUAUUGGUGGAGCAAAACUGAAAUCACCAUCACUAGCUGAGAAAGCAUAUUCCUCUACAAUUCAGUGCCAAUCUAUCCACUUUUUAGGAGAGACUGACUUCUUAAGGCAGUAUGGGAUUGAACUCCUGGAGUCAUUCGUAGACCCUUUGGUGAUUCAUCAUCCCAAGGGCCACACAGUACCCAGACUUGAUGAGAAGAGUUUGCAAAUCAUGCUUGGCUUCCUUGAAAGGAUUCAAAAGAUGCUGCCAGAGAAGGAAGAAGAAGUGUGCUAAAAUGGAGGAUUUAUUUUUAUUUUUAUUUUUAUUUUUUUGGGCAUAAAAAGAUAAAUUGUUCCUUUAGUCAAUGCCUCUUCAAUAUUUAUUUCCCUGUAAUAGACAUUCUAGUUUAUGAAGGGGUUAAUUUAUUGCCCGGUAAUAGAAAUAUGAGUUUAUGAUGGGGUUAA